AUGGCCACUCGUGUAGGUACAAUAACAAACGAUCUAGGUGUACAAGAUCUUGACGAGUCUUGUCCAAUAUGUAAAAACACUAGAUACCUUACCCCGACUAUGAAAUUGCUUGUAAGCGAAUGUUAUCACAAAAUGUGCGAAUCAUGUAUUGAUAGAUUAUUUGCAAACGGUGCCGGACCUUGUCCGAAAUGUGGUAUUACAUUAAGGAAAAUAAAUUUUGUGGUGCCAACUUUCGAAGAUUUGAGUGUGGAAAAGGAAGUUCGGAUUCGCAAAAAGAUUGCACAACAAUUUAAUAAACGACAAGAAGAUUUUCAAAGCUUGCAAGAAUAUAAUGAUUAUCUGGAAAUGGUUGAAGACAUAGUUUGGAAUCUUAACAGUAAUAUUAACAAACAAGCAACAGAUGAAUUAAUUGAGAAAUAUGCUAGAGAAAAUAGAGACAUUAUUGUUCAUAAUGCACGGAGGCAGAUCGAUGAAGAAAAAUUUGCAGCAUAUAAGCAAGAUCGUGAAAAAAGGGAAAAGCGUAUGCAAUUUGAGAACUAUAAAAAAUCGUUAGAAUUGGAACGUAAAGCUAAGGAAGAGCAUCAGGCCGAGAUAAUUAAUGAAUUGGCAAACUCGAAGGCGCCAGCUUCAAAGAUCAUAGCAGCUAAGAAAGAGUUAGGUCCAAAGAAACCUUUCGAAGACCCUAUUCUCAGUAGCCUGCAAAUGAAGGAAAGUGGAGUUGAGUGGUUCGGACUAGAUCAUGUUUCUCGUGAAGAUAAACAGGAAUUUGAUCCUGUUGCAUCGGAAUACAAAGAUAUUGACCAUUACACUAUUAAAGACAAAUAUGUUGAUUCGUAUUUGCCUGCUCCAACACUAUUAUUAAAGGCUGGUGGAUACAACCAAAAGUUCAUCUAUGAAAGGUCUCUUCAGAGUGCUUUUUCGGGUAUCUUUGACAACAGUGGAUCCGAUAAGAUGCAGGAAUAG